AUGCCAAAAGUUUCUGAUGAUCUAUCACUAGGAGCUGAAGACACUGAGGUAAAUAGCAAAGACUUUGAGGAGAACCAUGAGGAUGUUCAGCAUGCAGGGACACUCUUGCUGCUGCUGUUGUCGAGCCUACUCCUAUGGGAGAAAGCUGCAUCAGUUCCCGAGUGUCACACAGAAGUGGGAGGCUGCUGGGAGCCGCUUGUGGAAACCUUUAACAAUGCCAUCAAACGAGUAGAAACCAUCCGGGAUGUGGCUGAGGAAAUGCAUCAAGAGUUUUUCUACAGUGAAUUCUCUUCCAGUACAUUUAAAUCUCUGCUUGAACUAAUGAUGAAGAGGAAUCCAGCUGUUCUCAGGGCCAGACUACACUGCCACUCUAAUGCCACAAUACAUCCAGAUGGGAGAACUGAACCAACAAAUAUCAAGACCAAAAAAUAUUUGAAAUCAUUGAUUCAUUAUCUGGGUGCCUGGAGCAGGCCUCUAUACCAUCUCAUGAUUGAACUGAGUGCCAUGAAAAAUGUCCCUGAAAGUAUAAUUUCAAAAGCCAAGAUUCUUGAAGAGAACAACAGAGAACUCCUGGAUGACCUUCGGUGGAUACUCACCAAGGCAUUUCCUACAGCAAAGAUAAAGGAAAAAGAUCCUGUCUGGGACUAUCUUCCAUCCUUGAAAUCAAAUGACAAACUGAAUAAAUUUUUGGCAAUGUUUAACCUUUCCUACUGCCUGCGCACAGAUAUAUUCCACACUGUAGGUCAUCUGAGAACACUGAAGUGUCGAAUAACUGGGAAAGACUGCUAA